UCUCUCUCUCUCACUCUCUCUGUGUGUGUGUGUGUACCUGCUAGAUAGGAAUACCAGUAUUUUUGUGACCUUGUGGGACAUUUUGAGGUCCCCAUGAGGAAACAAGCUUAUAAAUCAAACAAAAUGAUGUUUCUUGAAAAUGUGAAGUAGGAGAAGGGUUUCUGUGAUGGUUGGGGUUAGGGAAUGGGGUAGGUAAGGGGAAUAGAAUAUACAGUUUGUAUGGUAUAAAAUGCAUUACGUCUAUGAUAUGUCCCCACAAAACGUGGAAACCAGAAUGUGUUUGUAUUGUAAAUGAAUUUGCUUUUUCACUUUUUCACCUUUGCAUCAAUACCUACACAAAUACACAGAUUUAGCUUUAAAAACUUUUUUAAAUACCCUCUGAAGUGGCUUAAAAUGUGCAAGCCUUGUGUGAUGCAUGACAUUUCUAAUAAAUCAAAAGGUUAGGGUGAGACCUAUUACAUUUCUCCUCCCUCUUUUAAAAUAGUCAGUAGCGUUUAUAUCAGAGCCUGGACGUUUUGAAGGCUUACAACUUCUAGAUCUGAAUUUUGGCACACACUAGUUUUUAGAUAUCCUUAAGGGUAACAUAUACUAAAAACCAAUCAUUUUAUUCAUAUGGACUUCAAAGCUCUCUCUCUCUCUCUCUCUCUCUCUCUCUCUCUCUCUCUCUCUCUAUCUCUCUCUCUCUAUCUCUCUCUCUCUCUCUCUCUCUCUCUCUCUCUCUCUCUAUCUAUCUAUCUAUCUCUCUAUCUCUCUCUCUAUCUCUCUCAAUCUCUCUCUCUCUAUCUCUCUCUCUCUAAGCUAUGUAUAUAAGCUAUGUCACUGUUAAAGGAUUGCAAUUAAUAAUACAGAAUCAUUGACUAUUAAAGGUGGUUUAGGCAACAACAUGCAUUCAAAACCAAUCUGACAACCAAUUUAAAUACAUUCAGAUUUUGAGAGAUCUACAACUUUGUAAAUGAAAAACUUAAAAGCAAAAGCUGUAAUGGGGAUGUUUCUAAUUUUAAGCACCGUCUAUGAAGGUCUUUCCUGACCUCUAGUGGCUAAAACCUGAAUUGCUACCCUCAGGUUAAUUACACUCUGAUUGGCUUACAGGUGUCAUGGGAUUUAUAUUUGUUUGUGAAGCCCUCUGCAGUGCAUAAUUUCUCCUUCCAUUUUUAACUAGAGCUAUUUGUGAACAUGAAAUAUGUAUUCUUUUUAAUCUUCUGUCUGAUUUUGUGUAAUGCUGAUCCUGAAACAAUUGCUAACGUGAGCUUAUCAACUGACACAGAUUGCAUUUUUGACAAGGGCUGUUCUGACAUGGCUGGUAUACGCUCAUUCAUCAAUGUGGAAGAUGAGGAGGAGAAUCGGAUUAUAGGCGGUCAGGAAGCGUGGGCACAUUCCUGGCCAUGGCAGGUGUCUCUGGACUACUCUGAUAUGCAGGCAUGUGGAGGGGCCAUUCUUGAUCUGCAGUGGGUGAUCACGGCUGGCCACUGCUUCAGACGUUAUAAAAAGGCAUCGCUGUGGACCGCAGUGGUAGGCAGACACAAUUUGGAGAAUGCUAAUGAAUCCUGCCAUCAAUCUGUAGGGGUGGAAAAAAUCAUCACUCAUGAAAACUUCAACCAGAAGACAAAUGAGAAUGAUGUUGCCCUGCUGAAACUCCAGAGUCCGCUGCAGUUUAAUGAAUGUGUGAGACCUGUUGCUAUCUGGAACAGUGACGUACUGUCUCAGGAGAUGUGUACUGUCACUGGCUGGGGUGCCAUUAGAGAAAAUGGUCCUCGUGCCUCCAGACUCCAAGAGGUCAAUGUAACCGUUUUUAAGCAAGAGACAUGUAACCAGUUUUUCAGAGACAAAAUGCACGAGUUUAUGAUGUGCGCAGGAGCGGACGCUGGUGGAACGGAUGCUUGUCAGGUAAACAUUUGCUGGUGGUGUUCGAAAGUAAAUGUUCUUCUAGGACUUGUAUGUCUGUGUGAUUGGGUUGUGUGCUCUGAAUCUUUUUUCAGGGGGACUCUGGUGGUCCCCUUUCUUGUUUCACAGGCGAGAGGUAUAAGCUCAUUGGGGUGGUCAGCUGGGGGGUCGGAUGCGGUCGGGCCAAAAAGCCAGGGGUCUACACUAAUCUUUUUCAUUACAAGCACUGGAUUGAUUUUGCAAUACAUGGUGAUUUCAUGGAAGAAGAAUCUGGAAUGGAUUCAGCCGUGUGGGCAGGCCAAGGUGGACCCCUGUCAACUGCCCAGUGGCUUGGCACAGUUAGUCCCCUCUGCGGAUGGCACAUUUCAGGUGGACAAUGUAAGCGAGGCAUGUCCUAACUCCUGGCCUUGGCAGGUCAGCCUGCAAAGUCAUGAUGCACAUUACUGUAGUGGCAUCCUUGUUCACCCACAUUGGGUACUGGCACCUCGCCACUGCUUUGCCAAGGUUGGAGAUGUUGUGUUCUUGGGAGUUCAUGAUCUCAACUUCAUGUCUGGCCAGACUUCAGCUGUGAAAAGCGUGCAGAGUCUGCCUUACGAUGGCAGCUUCCCACCUGUCUCUGAUCUCUCCAUGAUCCGUCUAACUGUCCCGGCUCGAAUAGGACCGACGAUAUUACCGGUGUGCCUACUGGAAAAUGAUGAUGAAAUAGUUAAUGAAGAAGGGUCUUCUUGUGUGACAACAGGCUGGGGGCCGAGUAAAACAACAUCGGAUCUGAACCCUGAUAUUUUGCAUAUGGCCAAAGUAAAUUUACUUUCUGAGAAAGACUGCAAAGCUGGCUGGGGGGAAAUUAUGAGCAAGACGUUUCUUCUGUGCACAGACACAGCAGCAUCCACAUCCUGCUUGGGGGACUCUGGUGCACCCCUUGUGUGUCAGAAGGAUGGCCUUUACUACCUUGUUGGACUGGAAGCAGGGGGAGGCAAGAAAUGCGCACCACUGAAACCAGCUGUAUUCUCCCGAGUAUCUGCCUUUUACUCAUGGAUACAAACUUGGGUCAAAACUUCCUAAAAUCUAUAAUAAAGCAUAUUAAAUAUUGUA